UGUGGCCUCAGUGUUAUGGGCGGCGGCAUGGCACAUAAUUUUGUCAAAUCAGGAUUUCCAGUUGAGGGGUAUGGCCUCUAUAAGCCUAUGAUUGCAAAGUUCGUUGAAGCUGGCAGCAAGGGGGCUAGCUCCCCUGCGACCGCCGCUCAGGGUGUUGAAAUUAGUUAA